AUGUUGCGGAAGAAACUGGACGACGACCCCACAAUCGAGGUCGGGCAAAUCUCUUCGACGGAAAAACAAGUUGCGGAAGUAGAUCCAGCUACAGAUGAGCCAGUUCCAGCUACAGGCACCGAUCCUGCUACAGAUCCUGCCGUUCUUGAUCCGGCGACAGCAGAUAAUGGAGCGGCCGCUGUGGUCGUCGUGCCACUACAACAGGACGUUGUCGAACAUCCGAGCCUCGCCAGCAUAGGAAACGACGAGACCAACGACUCUAGUACAACGCCCAGCAACAAAAAGAACCCCGCGGUCCACGGCAGUGCGGAGAAGCGCGGCGGGAAACCGGAGGACGACAAUCUUCUGAGCGUCGCCUGCCUCGCGCACCUCGCUCUCACGUUGGUGGUCGUCGUGAUCCUGUUGCCCGGGAUGGCGGUCGCGGUCGUGAUCCAAUUUGUCACUUGCUUUGAGAUUCCGUUUGAAUCGGCUAUGUACGGUGUGUUCUAUGGUUUCGGCGGGUUGAUCGCCUUGGCCACCUUCCCGGUCUGGCUCCCGCUGUUGUUCUGCUGUGUCUUUUGCGAGCUGCCCGGGGCAAAGAAGUUCGUGCAGACGAAGGAAAAGAACAACAAGCCGGCAAGUGUGACGGAACAGAAAAUCGCCAUCGGCAAGGAAUUGCUCAAAGUGGAGCAGGCCGUUCUGGGUAGUACGGAGGUGGUCGGGCAGGCUGUGGCUGCGACCACGGACGACAAGCCAGCAGCAUCGCAGCUCCCAUCCUCUUCCAUGUCCGACCCGACGGCGGUUCCAGCCAGAUUCAGCGAGGGUUUCGAGAAGCCACCCCAGAUUGCAGCGACGGCACCAACGCCGAGCAUGUCCAACCCGAUUGCGUUUGGGGUGUACGCAAACAAGAUGCGGAAGCAGGCGGGGGCCGGCAUCCAAGCGGGAUUCAAACGAAGCAGCUCCGUGGUAUACGCGAAUGUGGAUUGAAGAUGGUCCGCGUGGUGUGACGGAAGGGGGGGAACAAGAAUGAGAUGAAGAGAUCUAGUAUGUCUACAGAAGGACCAUUAUUAUAAGUACAACCAGUCGUGACGCGUGUUUGUGGUACUUACUAGCUUUCGUGUGCUGAUGACCAAAGGCAGGAGACUUCUCCCUCCUUGACCGAGUAGUAAAUGUCUCCGUUUUUUUGCUUCCCGAGACCACAAACAACUUAUUCUGCCGCGACAUCAAAAUACACAGCGGCUCAGUGACGCUGAUCAUCAAAAUUGGAGGUGCUAAAAACCCGAA